UAUCAAUACAAUUUAUUAAUGUAUUAGGUAAAAAUAAUGUCUAUAAGUUGUGAAUGUCUAGAAAAAUUAUCACCCUGUUUCCCGUGUAAAUUAAACGUUAUUGCUUACAUUGCGGGAUGGCUAGGAAUCAUAUUCCGAGUAGUUUUCGUUGGUUUAAUAUCAACCACAAUAUCAAGCCUUACCAAUGAUGACCCAAGUAUCUACUCAAUAUUUUUCGGCACACUUUUAGCAUACCUUUUGGCCUCACUUCUCGUAAAUGUUACCUUUCUCUAUGGAAUAUUUAUCGAAAAAAGACAUUAUAUUCUACCCUACAUAACAAUAAUGUCAUUCGAAUUAUGUGUGAUAGUUAUGGUGACAUCAGGCAUGUGUAUGCUAUUAUUUGCCAUCGGUGCUGUUACUGCAGGACUUUACGUGCUAAAUUCAACUGAAGCUUUAACAUAAGAUAUAAAAAAUAUAAAAAUAGUUUUUAUUUAAAACUCUUUAGGUAUAUAUACCUAAUCUGAGAAUGCUACGAGUUUUACUGGACUAAAAAAAGUUGGAACAUUAUGCUUGUAUAGAAAUUUUUAUAGGUUCUCAAUUUGCAUCUGAGGAUCGAAUAUUUAGUCCAGGCAGAUGAGAGCGCGAGCUUUUCAGUUAGGCUCAAGAAGUAGGAGGGAAGCACUUCUUCAAUAAUAUUUGAUACUGUUCUAACUUUGUUCCAAACUUCAAAAUUUUUGAACUCCUCGCAAGUCGCAUAUAUAGCUAUUCCCAAACAACACAGACAUCAAGACGCCUCCAAUAUAUCCACAAAUGACAUUCAAUCUUUUAUACAAAUGAAGAUCCUGCAAUUCUAUAAUACUGGAAUAAUGUGAAUUCAAAAAUUUGGAAUAAAAAAAUUCAAGAGCCUAAAGAAAGUUAGGAAUUUAGAUUAAAGAAAUAAGGGAAAAUCAAGAGCUCGGAGGAAAAAUUAUAAAAAUUCAAAAAUUUGAAUUGAACGAGAAACAUUUUCUUGCUAAAAUUUCCUUAUUAUCACUCAUUUUAUAAUAGUCAAUUUUUGUCUAUUCCAGGUGCUAGGGUCUCCGAGAUGAUUCUAAGGUUUUUAAAUUGUUCUGAAGCGUUUUAAAAUGCUGCUGUAAAGUGUUUUGAAAUGUUCUAAAUGGCCUAUUAAAGUUCUAAAGUGUUCUAACUUGGCUUCAAGAAUUCUGGAGCAUUUUAAAAGUUUUUCAGUAAUUUCUAAGCGGUACUGGAACAGAAAUUGUAGCCCUUGAUAAUAAGGGCUACAAGAUGGUAUUUAGUUGAAAUCGCUAGCAUUUACGGUUUUUGAGAAAAUCUAGUUUGUUUUGGAAAAUAUGUAGACUCGACUAAAUUUCAACUUUGAGGCUCAAUAGGUAUCUCUAAAACUCUACAAGCUACUGUUAUGUUCUUAUUAUUUCGAUCUUUUUGAUUUGAUGUACUUACGGAUGUUUUUUGGUAAAUUUUCAUAAUCAUUAUAGGAAUUUACAGAUCCUGAAAAGUGUUGCAACUGAUUUGCAUCCUUUUCGGACAAUUCCAUCCCUACAGCGACGUCCAUAGCUUUUCUAAAGUUGAAUCACGAGUUUCUAGUAAUCUACUUUGUAUCCUUUUUGAAAGAAGUCCAUAAAUAAAUAGAACAUUUUGGAGCUUCAAUAAGGCUCUAAAAUACUUAAAAAUCUGACAGAACAAUUUAGAAAUUACUGAAAAACUUCUGAAAUGGUCCAGAACUCUUCAAGCCCAGUAAGAACACUUUAGAACUUCAAUAAGCAAUUUAGAACACUUUUCAGCGACAUUUUGAACAAUUUAAAAACCUCGGAAUUAUUUCAGAGAGCCUAGGGCCUGGAACACUGGCGUAUCCAGGGGUGGGGGGGCAAAGGGGGCAAUUGCCCCCCCCCCCCCAGAGCAACAUCUUUUUAUUCCUUUUAUUUUUUAAAUAUUAGUCAAAUAAUAAAAAAAUAAAAUCAAAAAUGUACUGAAAUUAAUUUAUUAAAUAAUAUUUUUUUCAACUACAUGAACAGGUAGCUUUUUUGUAAAUAGAAACUGUUCAGUUGUACGCAAUUGUCUGGUAAAGCUGGUAAUGCAAAAGGUACCUUUAAGCAGAACCGAUCCAAGGGUGUCGGCCGCCCGCGUGCAAAGCGCAAUUUUGCCGCCCCAUAGGGAUAGCCCUCCAUACGUUCCUUACGUAAGAGGCGCCGGUGGUGGUAACCCGCCGCAGGCGCCGCCGGAGGCAGAAAGAAUUUUUUUUGGUGCCACGGCCAAAAGCAUUUGUUUCAAGCCUCAAAAUGAACGUUUUUGGGCAUUUCGAGUUAAAAAAAACAACCUUGUUUGGAACAUAUUUGUUUUCUACGAGUUGUUCG